ACGAAAACCAUCGUAACCUAAACAAACGCUGUUCGGUUUGUGAUAUGAUUUUGGAAUUCUUCCCUUUCAGCUGUGGAUUUAUUCAUACUGGACUUCACGUAUCCAGAAUGCGAUGAUUUUAUUGUUUUUUCCCCCUCUGGGUGUUGUGCUUUUCAUUUGCCGGGUUGGAAACUUGAGCGCUCGCGCACAGAUAUGUGAAUUAAUAUCAUUAAACUAGCCGUUAGCUCCGUAAACACCGGUGUCCUAAUUAGCUAAGCAAAGUUGAUAGGUGUCUGUUUGGUGUUUAUUUGGCUUGUUAUUUGUAGACAUUUUAGGUUAAUACUCUGCUUUGACUACUUCAGGUUAUAUUUCUUUGCACAUUCUCCAUAAUUAGACCAUAUAAAUGCUGCAGCUGGCGUUUUCAAAUCGUUAAGGUUAAUGAGCUAGGGUAUAAUCUUUGUAGCUUACCCGUGUUUACACACACAUACACACAGAGACACAGAGAGAAGCAAAAUGGAUAGCUGUACAUUUUCUGUGGGUUUCAGGCGUUAAGUAGCGGUCCAGCCUGUACGUAGCAGCUUCAUCCAUAAAAGCAAGUACAAAGUGGCUAAUGAAUGAAAGCCGGGCGAACACGAGGGGCAUAAAGUCUGUCCUGUUAACGCCUGUGAGGCCAUGUCAUUUCCAGCAGCAUGCAUGUUAAUGGCAGCAGCAGCAGCACUGGCGAUGCCCCCAUGCCCAGCCCCUCAUGCCGCCUCCUGCCCGCGAUCUCACUGGGCAUCGCUGCGGCCGCGCUGCUCUUUCAGUCCGGCUACGCGGGAUUUACUGUAACCUCGUUUUUCCUCAAGAUCUUCAUUUACAUCUCUUUCGCCCUGUUCUGCUUCCUGCUGGGCAGUUUGGGCUCGAUCGUCAGGAAAAGUCCACCCAAGAACAUUCCAAUUAAUCCCUCCAAGAGGCAGUCACACAAGCUGCAGGAUUUAUUCAACAGAUUGAUGGGACGGUUUUCAGUACCGAUUCUAGACUCUGCACAAACCAGACGAGUAGUGGUGUCGCACAAUGUGGACAAAGCCCUGAAAGAGGUGUUUGACUACAGCUACAGAGAUUAUAUCCUGUCAUGGUAUGUGCCUCUGAGUCAAGAUGAGGGCCAGCUUUAUCAGAUGCUGGCUGAAGAUUUUUGGGAAAUGACAAAACAGCUGAGGGCUCAUCUUUCCGAAGUGGACAUGGUUAAUGUAGUUUGUAACCACAUGGUCAAGAGCCUCCAUGCCCAUUUCUGUGACCUCAAAGCCUCCAACACCAGGCAGGAAGAGCUACCCAGGGCCUUCCCACUUCAUCCAUGUCUGUCUAGUCCCAAGGAGGAGAUGCGUUUCCUGCGCUGCUGUUCACGCCUACUAGUCCUGUGCUUGUUGCCUUCCCGUGACGCUCGCUCCCGCAGUCUCCGGCUGGUACUGGUUGAGGUUAUUGCCACUAAAGUGUUGAAGCCAUUGGUGGAGGCGCUAAGCGAUCCAGACUACAUUAAUCAAAUGCUGUUGGCUCAGCUAGAACACCGGGAGCAAUUGAACGAGCACCACAAGAAAGCGUACACGUAUGCACCGUCCUAUGAAGAGUUUAUUAAACUCAUCAGUAGCAGCUCUGACAUUGACUUCCUCAAACAGCUCAGGUAUCAGAUAGUUGUGGAGAUUAUCCAGGCCACCACUAUCAGCAGUAUCCCCCAGCUCAAGAAGCAGAAAGACAGUAAAGGGAAGGAGACCGCUGCUAUGAAGGCGGACUUGCUUCGGGCUAGGAACAUGAAGCGCUAUAUCAACCAGCUUACAGUGGCUAAGAAGCAGUGUGAGAAGAGGAUCCGGCUGCUGGGGGGUCCCAACUACGAGCAGCAGGAGGACGGGAAUCAAGACGAGGGAGAUGGGCCUCAGGGCCAGAAGAUUCUUCAGUUCGAGGAGAUCAUGUCUAAUGCUGUGUUCCGGGAGCACUUCCGUGUUUAUAUGGAGCGUGUGGAUAAGAGAGCCCUCAUCAGUUUUUGGGAGCUGGUAGAGAUGCUCAAAAGUGCAAACAAGAAUGAGGUGCCACAGCUGGUAGGGGAGAUCUAUCAGAACUUCUUUGUAGAGAGUCGAGAGAUCCCAGUGGAGAAAGCUUUAUAUAAGGAGAUUCAGCAGACUCUGGUGGGAAACAAAGGCACAGACGUCUUUCACAAGAUCCAGAAUGACGUCUAUGAAACAAUGAAAGAACGAUAUUACCCUUCUUUCCUUGUAAGCGACCUGUAUGAGCGCCUUAUCAAGCGGGAGGAGCAGAGAAGCAGCUCACAAUCCAGCAGUGAGGAAAAGGAUGAUAGCUGUCAGUCCAUGGAUGGGGGAGAGGUGACUCUGGAUGAGGGCAGUAAAGGUAUUAACGAGCAGGCCAGCUAUGCUGCUAACAAACUCCGGCAACUCUGCGAAAGAUUGGAGUACAAACGGCAAGCACUGGGUUCCAUACAGAAUGCACCCAGGCCUGACAAAAAGAUUGUAUCUCUUCUGAAAGAGGAGAUUGGGGUGAUGGAAAAGGAGCACAGUGAGCUGCAGCUGCAUAUCUCGCGUACAGACUGGUGGUGUGAGAACCUAGGCACAUGGAGAGCUAUGAUUAACACAGCUGAGGCUUGUGAGGAGAACAGCGAGCAAAUGGCAUGUUAUUCUGUAGCAGUCAGUCUGUUGGAAGGAGAGGACGCAGAGAACAGCAGCUGGUGCGUCACAAGGAAGCUGAGCGAGUUUCAGGCCCUGCACAGGAAACUGACCGAGUGUUUUCCCUGUCUGAAGAAGGUCCAGCUGCCCUCGCUCAGUAAACUGCCAUUCAAGUCCAUUGACCAAAAGUUUCUUGAGAAAUCUAAAAAUCAACUGAACACAUUUUUGCAGAAAAUGCUGACAGAUGAGCGCAUGUGCCAGAGUGAAGCUCUGUAUGCAUUCCUCAGCCCAUCACCAGAGCACCUUAAAGUCAUCGACAUCCAGAAAAAAUCCACCUUCUCCCUUGCCUCAUUUCUGGAGAGACUGCCAGGAGACCUUUUCUCCCAUCAAGAGGAUGAGGCUGAGGAUGACAGCGAUCUUUCCGACUAUGGCGAUGAUCCAGAUGGGAAAAAAGAUGUCCUUGCAGAGCCCUUCUUCAUGCUCAUUGGAGAAGUGUUUGAACUCAGGGGCAUGUUCAAGUGGGUACGGAAGACACUAAUUGCACUAGUUCAAGUCACUUUUGGAAGGACAAUAAACAAGCAGAUCAGAGACACAGUAAACUGGAUCUUUAGUGAGCAGAUGAUGGUUUAUUACAUUAAUAUAUUCCGGGACACAUUUUGGCCCAACGGGAAACUUGCACCACAUAACGCAGCUCGCUCAGAUGCCGAGCGCCACGAGACCAAGGAGAAAGCGCAGCAGAAACUGCUCGACAACAUCCCUGAUGCACUACAGAAUUUAGUGGGGCAGCAGAAUGCACGGUACGGCAUCAUCAAGAUCUUUAAUGCACUUCAGGAAUCCAGUGCCAACAAGCAUCUUCUUUAUAUCCUGCUGGAGAUGCUCCUCAAAGAACUUUGCCCUGAGCUAAACGAAGAGAUGGAACAUGUCUAAGCUUGUACACAGUCACGUGUUUAAAGAAGGAUUCACAUUGACUUCACUUAUUUUGUUACUUGAACAUGCUGGAAGGAAGUUUUUUAUUUAUGAAUCACUCUGAGAAAUGCUUGACUUUAUGGCAUUAUACUACAGGACUUCAGUUUUCUCCAUCCUUUUUUAUUUUUUUUCACUGGUUUCUAACGCACCAGACCUAAUGCCAACCAACCAAGUUUGUUUCUGUGUUUGUUUUUAAUGUUUGUGGGAUUUUGUUUGACUGUAAAGGACAUAAAAUGUGAAUAGUCGUGGGUGUUGUACUUGCUUUAAAAGAGAAAAUGAAAAAAAAAAAAAAAAAAACUCCAACCUCUUGAACCUCUCUACAUGCAUUACAGUACAUGUUGUGGUCAUUAUGAAGGCUUUUAAGUGUGCAAUGUGUCAAGUACAGGUUAUUGUGCUAGUUUCAUCUGUGUUAUUAUCAUUAUUAUUGUAGAUUUUAUUUUUACCAAAAAUAGUUUAGAGCAUUUAUAAGCAAUAAAUUGCAAAAUAAUA